AUGCCUGAACCAGCGAAGCCAGCGCCCAAGAAGGGAUCCAAGAAAGCCGUGACCAAGACGGCUGUUAAAGGAGGCAAGAAGCGCCGAAAGACCAGGAAGGAGAGUUAUGCCAUCUACGUGUACAAGCGCAUCGCUGGGGAGUCUUCCCGCCUGGCUCACUACAACAAGAGGUCCACCAUCACCUCCAGGGAGAUCCAGACCGCAGUGCGUCUGCUUCUGCCCGGUGAACUGGCCAAGCACGCCGUGUCCGAGGGAACAAAGGCCGUCACCAAGUACACCAGCUCCAAGUAA